CCAGUGAAGUGUGCUCGUGUUCUACCACAUCGUGAUGUUGUUGAUCGUACGUUUCUGUUAUUGUUUCUAACAUGUCUAGGUCAUGCAUCGUACAAUCUGAGCUUCCUCAACGUCGGAUUGGACGACAGUUUAACGUCUGUGAUAAUGAACAAAUGCGAUUCGGUUCGUCAAAUGAACGAAAAAUGUAUGCAGUAGCUUAGUUGGUUGAUGGCAUUCGUCGGCAGCACGUUGUGUUGAAUUUGUGUGCGCGCACGGGAUGAAAAUCGAUCCUUAUAGGAAACACCAGAACGCGCGCUCUUCAACCGACACUCACGCCACUAGCACUCCGACACUCCGAUCAAACUUUCCUCGAUCUCUUACAAAUAUUAUUUGAACUUAAUAAAUUGAGGUACAAUUCAAUUCGAAUAUGAAUAACUGCAAUGAGGAAGCGAAUGUCGGUGUCGGGGGUGCGCUUCCGAAAAUAGAGAAAUGCAAGGUAUACAAGAUUCGUUGGCUCGUUUUGGCUAUUUUCGUCGUCUAUUCCGCGUCCAAUGCUAUGCAAUGGGUACAAUACUCUAUCAUUUCCGAAGUCAUCACCAACUACUACAAGGUGUCCACCGACUGGGUCAAUUGGACCUCUAUGAUAUACAUGGUUCUCUACAUACCAUUCAUCUUUCCCGGAAGCUACAUACUCGACAAACUGGGACUCAGGGUUUCAGUGAUUAUUGGAAUAAUCGGUACUUGUGCUGGUUCAUGGAUAAAGGUUGGUUCCGUACAUCCGGACCGUUUCUGGGUUGGUUUCUUGGGACAUUCUAUCGUGGCUCUGUCUCAAGUCUUCAUCCUCUCUGUUCCGGCACGUCUAGCUGCUGUCUGGUUCGGUCCUAGUCAGGUGUCUUCAGCUUGCAGUAUCGGAGUAUUUGGAAAUCAGGUAAAUACUUAGUAGUUAAAGGGCUGGCAUA